AUGCACCAUGUUUUCGAUGCAAAAUAUUGUUCGGGAUCCAAAUACACCGAGAUGAUUCAGCGUGGAUUUCAACCGGAACCUUCUUCAUACGGCGUGGCAAAAGUAUGCUCGGUGUUUGUGGACCGAUUUUUCAAUAUCUCGGUGCCUCCUUCAUGUCAAUCCGAUUUAUCACUCGGCAACUUUAAUUUACUGAGGUCUGAACAAAAGGAAAUCGCAAAUGAAGGAUCUCUCGAUUCCGACAAGAGUCUGCAGUCAUCUAGUUCAUAA